UGGAAUCAUAGCCUGCGCUCAUGUCCCUCCGCCUACCGGGCGAGCUAGACCCCGGUUGGACGAUAAAUUACAAACAGACGCCUUCGUCGCGGGUUUUCUCACAAGGACCCAAUCCAAGGGGCGAUCGUUGACUUUAACUAAUCCGUAAGCCUCGUUAAGGUGAACGCGCGGUGGAGGGGUUGGCGCGAUUUUCUUUGUCGCGUAAGGAGAAAGGAUAGGAGCGCUGCGGCCGGACUGACCACACCUACUUCACUGGUGUGAGAGUAGCGGGUUAGUACGCAAGCACCAUGCUGUCUUGCUCCCACUUAAAGUUUACACGCAGAAAACUUCUCCCCACGAAGUAGUCAUCACAUCCACCCUCUCUGUGGACGUUUAAGUGGAACUCCUAGAGACACCUCGUACACUUUGUCAUCUACCGGAACAAUGUAUAUUACGGAAGAAGGCAUGGAGGAAAUGCCUUAUGUCUGUUCCUUUUUUGAUGAAGAGUUCUGCCAGAGUUUGAUGAAGGACCUACAGUCCCUACCGACUCCCCCCCAGUGUCUUUCCAUGAAGGUGGGCCUGUGCGGUGGUGGCGGCAAGCCUCUCUCCAAGGGUGACCAGCUGAGCUACGUGUCGGACAUCCUGCUGGAGGACCAAGACACGCAACUCAAUUGGAACUGCUCAUUCUUCCACUCGGAUGACGCAGAGAAGGACAGGGUGUCCACCGAGGGGCCACCCUCAACUCUGGAGGAGAGCAGCGAGGAUGGGCUGUGGAAGUGCCUGGCCCCGGACAAGAGCCUGGAGGAGAAGCUGGUGUCCUCCAUGCUGGGCUCCAGCCCACUGCUGUCUGACAUCGACACCAGCAUCUUUGAGGGGCUGGCCGGGUCCAUGCUGGACUGCCAGAACCUGAUGGAGACCCAGGAGCCCAGCGAGGCCACGUCGGACUACGGAACGACUGACUGUGAGCUGUCUAAUGACUCGUCCAGCGACUCGGAGGAAGAGAUAGAUGUGGUGACGGUGGGGCACUGCUCCUCCAGCCCCCCCGCGGAGCGCUGGGCCCGCCAGCAGAAGGAGGAUGAGAAGCAGCGCGCUCUCCAGCGCCACCACCUCGAGAUCCAGCAGCAGCACAACUAUGCCGCUCCUCGCCCGGCUUCUCCGUCGCCUUCCUCAUUCAACAAGCACUCACGAGGCGGCGACAGGCUCUCGCGCCCUUCUCACUCCUCCUGCAGCUACUACUCCUCACCGUCCACGCACUACCACAACCACCACAGGGAGAAGCGCUCGUUCCGGAGCUCUGCGGAGACGGAGGACGAGGAGGAGCGGCGGCGGACGCACAACGUGAUGGAGCGCCAGCGACGCAACGAGCUGAAGAACUGCUUUGUACGGCUGCGCGACAACGUGCCCGAACUGUUGCACUAUGACAAGGCGUCCAAGGUGGUGAUCCUGAAGAAGGCCAGAGACUGCAUCUACGGCCUGGAGGACCACGCCUUCAGGUUGCAGGCCAAACAGGACAAACUUCGAGCCAAACAGGAAGAACUGAAAACCAGACUGGAGCAGCUCCGCAGGUAAUGGAGCGGCACAGAGGGGGCGGGGCUUGUACAAGGGAAAAGACCAUGGACAAAGACUGAGCAUUGACUUGAGUCAGGAGGAUGUUUCACACGGACAAAAGUGACACUUGAUAAUUGUGUUGGUAACAAGUGUAGACUUUGUACACAUUUUUAUGCCUUGACUGCUCACUGUUAUAUGACGCACACACAAGCUCAGUUUAUUGUGUUGUCCUUCAGGACGUGAAACACACUUGAACGUAUUCAGGAUGUCUUGUAGCCAUGGUAACCAAUGAUCCCUCAUCAGCUCUUUGAUUUUCAACUUCUUUGCUCAACUUGUGCUUGCGUGCGGUCCACCAGCAAGCAGACUGUCAGGACUGGCUUUGAUGCUUGUGUUUGUCAACAAACUGCUGUUUAGUUCUUCAAGCCUCAUCCAGCUCAAAGGUAGCCAUCAUCCGCAGCAUUCAGCUUGCAGUCAGCCAAAGUUUGAUAGUUGGCUGUCUAAAGACUCAUGCUUCCUGCUGGUGUCUUGAUGACACCUUCAGGUUCUGCUGGGAGGAACACCGUGACAGCCAUGUUGCUUCCUAUUCAUGGACUUUUCCAGUUGGUUGUCAGCAGCUGUAUGGUGUUUCCCAAGCAAACAUGAGCUGAGGUGUAAAAUACCUCAUUCACUAUUCCCAACAUUCCCAGAAUCUGACUUAAAUGACUUCUUGUUUGGUGCGUGUCCUUUAAAAGAUAAAGUCUUAUAUUGUUAUUUUUCCGAACCUCUACAGACACAAUAAAA